CGCUCGGCGCCUAUGUCCAGCGCGUCCCGCCGGGCCAGCUGCGCCCGCCACCUCACGCAUGGCACCAGCCUCAGUGGCAAUGAACCCCGCUGGGCUCAGGCCGCGCGGCGGGGACGGCACCGGGUCCGCGCCCCUGUCCUUCAGCGUCGAGUCCCUGCUGGAGGCAGAGCGCGGGCCGGGCUCGGAGCCCGCAGAGCCCGGACAGGAAAGGCGGCGAGGUGACCCAGAGCCCGGACCCUGGUUCCCGCCCGCUGCCAGUGCGUGCCCCCCACGUGCCCUCAGCCCUUCACCCUGCACCCUCCGAAAACACAAGAACACGCGCAAGCCGCGGACGCCCUUCACCACCGCGCAACUGUUGGCGCUGGAGCGCAAGUUUCAUCAGAAGCAGUAUUUGUCGGUGGCCGAGCGAGCCGAGUUCUCUCGCAGCCUGAGCCUCACCGAGACGCAGGUCAAGAUCUGGUUUCAGAACCGCCGAGCCAAGGCCAAGCGGCUGCAGGAGGCCGAGCUGGAAAAGUUGAAGCUGGCAGCCAAGCCGCUGCUGCCCUCUUUCUCCCUGCCCUUCCCUCUCGGCGCCCCGCUGCACGGAGGUGCGCCUAGCGCUCUGCCGCCUGUGCCCGGGCUCCUCGCGGGACCGGCCGCCGCCUGUGGCUUGUACUACCUGUCUUAGGCUGCGAGGCUGGGGUCGGUCCGGCGGCGGUGCGGGGGC